AUGCCCGCUUCACCUAGUGGAACAAGUGUUGGUAAAGGCGAUUCAGGUAAAACAUCAGGACCACGAACAACAGGUGGUGGUGGUGGUGGUGGUGUUCGUCAACGAAAAUCAACAGCACCUGCACGUAGUCGACCAGGAACUGGUGGUGGUGCAAGUGCUGGUGUUUGGCGUUUUUAUACAGAAGAUUCACCGGGUCUUAAAGUUGGUCCUGUACCUGUACUUGUUAUGAGUUUAAUUUUUAUUGCAAGUGUAUUCAUGUUACAUAUUUGGGGUAAAUAUACAAAAUAA